UGCCUCCUGCCUCACAGAAGCAGAGCCAUGUGGCCCACACUCCUCAGCCUCCUGAGUCUCGGAUUCUGUGUGAGUCUGAGGAUCUGGGCAGCUGUGGAUCAAUAUGGCAAGCCCUCUUUGUCAGCCUGGCCAAGCCCUGUGGUUCCCUUAGGACAGAAUGUGACUCUUCGGUGUCAUUUCCAUUCUCCACUUAAGAGAUUCAGACUGUUCAAAACAGAUGGGACCAGUUUGUCCAAGCUUCGGGGAAUUCAUUUCAACACCUUCACCCUUGGCCCGGUGACCAGAGAACAUGCCGGGUCCUACACGUGUUCUGAAUUCUCCAGGUUUCUCCCUCUGUUGCCCAGACAGAGUGACCCCCUGCAGAUUGUGGUCACAGGUGUGUUCACAAAACCUGCCAUCUCAGCCCACCCAGGCCCCCUUGUGCAGGAGGGAAGGAAUGUGACCCUUCGCUGUCAAUCACCACUGUUGUUUGACAAGUUUAUCCUGCACCAGGAAAACAGCACAGGGCAUUUCCAGAGACAUAGAGAGACGCUCACGAGUGGGCAUGCCCCAGCUGACUUUUCCAUUGGCCCCAUGACGUCGGGGAGUGCGGGCACCUACCGAUGCUACAGCUCUCUCAGCCGCUCCCCCUAUGAGUGGUCAGCCCCCAGCGACCCCGUGGACAUCGUCAUCACAGGAUUCUGUGUGAGUCUGAGGAUCUGGGCAGCUGUGGGUGAAUAUGACAAGCCCUCUUUGUCAGCCUGGCCAAGCCCCUUGGUUCCCUUAGGACAGAGUGUGACUCUUCGGUGUCACUCCAGUUCUCCAUUUACAGUAUUCAGACUGUUCAAAAGAGAUGGGACCAGUUUGUCCAAGCUCCGGGAACAUCAACUCAACACCUUCACGCUUGGCCCGGUGACCAGAGAACAUGCCGGGUCCUACACGUGUUCUGGAGCGUACACAUCUCGCUCUGUGUGGUCCACACACAGUGACCCCCUGCAGAUUGUGGUCACAGGUGUGUUCACAAAACCUGACAUCUCAGCCCACCCAGGCCCCAUAGUGCGGGCGGGAGAGAAUGUGACCAUCCGCUGUCACUCACCACUGCUGCUGGACAAAUUUAUGCUGCACAAAAAAGGCAGCAAUGGGCAUUUCCAGAGACGUGGAGAGACGUUCACGGGUAGGCGUGCCCCAGCUGACUUCUCCGUUGGCCCCAUGACUUUGGCGAGUGCGGGCACCUACAGAUGCUACGGCUCUCUCAGCCGCUCCCCCUAUGAGUGGUCAGCCCCCAGUGACCCCGUGGACAUCGUCAUCACAGGUCUGUCCAAGAAACCCUCUCUCUCAGCCCAGGGGGGCCCCGUGGUGAGGUCAGGAGAGAACGUGACCUUGCUCUGCAGCUCUGAGAGCACCUUUGACCAGUUCCAUCUGCUCAGGGAGGGGGAGAACCUUGGGCGCCUGCUCGCUGGAGGGCGAGGCCCCCGCGGAGCACUGCAGGCUGAGUUCCCUCUGGGUCCUGGGACCCCAGCCCACAGCGGGGCCUACAGGUGCUACGGCUCCUUCACUCGCUCUCCCUACGCGUGGUCAGACCCCAGCGACCCCCUGCUCCUGUCUGUCACAGGAUUCUGUGUGAGUCUGAGGAUCUGGGCAGCUGUGGGUGAAUAUGAGAAGCCCUCUUUGUCAGCCUGGCCAAGCCCCGUGGUUCCCUUAGGACAGACUGUGACUCUUCGGUGUCACUCCUGUUCUCCAUUUGCAAUAUUCAGACUGUUCAAAAGAGAUGGGACCAGUUUGCCCGAGCUCCAGGGACAUCAUGUCAACACCUUCACCCUUGGCCCGGUGACCAGAGAACAUGCUGGAUCCUACACAUGUUCUGGAUUCUACUGGUCUCUCUCUGUGUGGUCCACACACAGUGACCCCCUGCAGAUUGUGGUCACAGGUGUGUUCACAAAACCUGCCAUCUCAGCCCACCCAGGCCCCCUCGUGCAGGAGGAAAGGAAUGUGACCCUUCGCUGUCACUCACAGCUAUUGUUUGACAAGUAUAUCCUGCACCAGGAAAACAGCACAGGGCAUUUCCAGAGACGUGGAGAGACGCUCCCGGGUGGGCAUGCCGCAGCUGACUUCUUCAUUGGCCCCAUGACCUCGGGGAGUGCGGGCACCUACAGAUGCUACGGCUCUCUCAGCCGCUCCCCCUAUGAGUGGUCAGCCCCCAGUGACCCCGUGGACAUCGUCAUCACAGGUCUGUCCAAGAAACCCUCUCUCACAGCCCAGGGGGGGGCCGUGGUGAGGUCAGGAGAGAACGUGACCUUGCUCUGCAGCUCCAAGAGCGCCUUUAACAGUUCCACCUGCUCAGGGAGGGGGAGAACCUUGGGCGCCUGCUCGCUGGAGGGCGGGGCCCCCGUGGAGCACUCCAGGCAGCGUUCCCUCUGGGUCCUGGGACCCCAGCCCACAGCGGGGCCUACAGGUGCUACGGCUCCUUCACUCGCUCUCCCUACGUGUGGUAAGACCCCAGUGACCCCCUGCUCCUGUGUGUCACAGGAUCCACUACAACUACUUACCCAUCAACCAUGGAUCCACACACCACAGAAGCAGAAGCAGGGAUUCCUCAAGAACACUCCAGCACGUGGUACAUUGUCCUUGGGCUUGCCAUAGCCUUCACCUCUACCAGCUUCAUCCUCGCUGCUCUUCUCUGUCACUGGUGUUCUAGCCAAAAUCAUGUUGCCAUCAUGGAAGGAGAGCCCAGGGAAGACAGAACAGUGAAUGGCGAGGACUCUGCAGCAGAAGAUGUGAUAUAUGCUGACUUGGACCUCGGGACCCUCUCUGAGAGACAGUUCACUCCCACUCCCCUGAG